CAAGCACUAAGGGCGCUACCGCAUCACGGCGCUGUCACCAACCAUGACGGAUUCGGCUGCUCAAAGUGAACUUAUGAACGCUCUGUCUGCGUUACACCUCGGGGGCAAGUAUUCAGACUUGACCAUAACAUGCAACUACAAACAAUGGGCUGUCCACAAGGCGAUCGUGUGCUCAAGAAGCGGAUUUUUCGACGGCGCUUGCUCUCAUCAAUUCCGAGAGGCAGAGACAGGUGUUAUCGAUCUCAGCGAAGAUGACGCGGAAGCUGUUGAGCAAAUGAUUCACUUCCUUUAUUACCUCGACUACCUCAACGAAACCCCGGGACAACGCCCGUCCGCUAUGUUCAGGCAUCGUGCCCACUCUCACUCCAACAGAGCGCCCAAGAAGAUCGACUUCACGCAGAUCGAAGACCCUCUGCUCGCACAGGCAGGAUUCUAUCUCAGCCAGCCUUUAUGUCCAGCAGAGCGCAAUGACUGGGCAGACAAACCACUGCAGUCACCUCUCAGAAAUCGCGCCGACUCGCCGCACCAGUAUGAACUGCAAGACAGUGAUGCGCAGAGUCAAGAAUCUGAAGAAGAUAACGAGCAGGAGUCUCAUCUGGUCCUGCAUGCACAAGUCUAUGCUCUUGGAGAGAAAUAUGACAUUCCAUGCUUGAAGCAGCUUGCAAAGCAAAAGUUUGAGAUGGCAGCAGCUUGCUACUACGAUGCUGCAGAACUCGCAGAGGCAAUCGAGCUGGUGUACCAGUCAACCGUCGACACCGAUCGAGGACUCCGCGAUGUUGUUGUGCAAUUGUUCACAAUGCACCCGCAGCUGGUUCAGACACAGGACAUGUACGCUGUGAUCAAGGAUACGCCGGGACUUGCUCUGGACUUGUGGAAAGUUGAGCGUGGACUGCGCUGAACGCCUUAGACUUGGCCAUUUUACAGCACUGGCAUCGUGAAAACGGCAUGCAUUGAUCGUCGAAACGCCAGACCGCUCAUUCGACCUGGCACAUUGCCUCGUGGGUUGAUGAAACUGUGGAAGAGCUCACGAGACCAAUUGCGAGUCACGGAUCUCCGAGAGAAGCGGCCAGACCAAUGAAAGACACCGCAUAGUACAUUUCUGAGGCGCCCCAGAACACAAUACCUCUAGGCUCUCGCUUACAAAGUAUGCGCCUGGAAGCGAAACAUCCUUCCAUUCCAGGCCACAUCCAAUCGUCAAGGAGACCCAGUUACACAAUCUGAUCCUGCCUAGCAUAGAGCUGCUUCGCCAUCUCUGGAGCAACGGGCCAUCCAAAACCGACAUGCAUGAUUCUGGCGUCCGCAUGCUUUUCCCGAGCCCAGCUUCGGUAUCACUAUUGAGGCGCAGGAUUGAAGGAUGAAGAAGUUA